AUGGCCGUUAUUGUGGACAAUGUCACUUAUGCUUUAGAGCUCAAUUCGCCUAGCACAAUCCUUUACACUGGUAGUGCACCUGUGGCUCGUCAAGGUUACAGAUACACCAAGAUUAAAAAAUUAGACAACAGCACUAUCAGCGAACCAUUCCUUCGAUCUCCUGUGGAAACAGACACAGUGAACGAAUUCUUCAAUAGAACAUGGAACAAGAAGCAGAUUGCGCCACUACCUACUGUAUACAAACCAUUGCCGUUUAUUCAUCGCAUCUCUUCUAAAUUGCAUCAAGAAGGAGAGAUCCCCACCAUACAUAUUAUUGCCAACGAAACAGAGGUCGCCCUAAUGCAUCGUAACGCAACUCAAGAUAUAGAGAUCAAAACAAGCGUGUCUUAUGUCUCUUUGAAUGACAGUCUAUCUUUCCAAAAUGUUGGAUUCUCAAUUGCAGGUGUCAGCUCUCGAAUGAUGCCAAAAACCUCUUACAAUUUGAAACUACACAAAAAGGACAGGAUCUAUGGUUAUAGACGUAUCAAGUUAAGAGCUAUGGCAAUGGAUCCAUCUUAUAUGCACGAGAAGCUUGGUUAUGGUAUGGUCAAGUCUUUGGGUCUCAUCUCAACCGACUUUUCCUACUGUCGUGUCUUUUUGAAUGACCAAGAAAUCGGACUGUUUGGCUUGAUCGAAACAUUUCAAGAUCCUUGGACUGCUAACGUAUUUGCUGAUGGUGACAAAGACUACAAGGGCGGCAAUCUUUAUCAAGGUGUGGGCUCUGGUACGAACAACACUGGAAGCUUAAACUACCUAAGCAACUUGACUGCGUAUGAGAAUGGGCAAUACAAGAUAAAGGCUGGCAACAAGAAGGACUAUGCUCCUCUUCAAGAAUUGACCAAGUUUAUUGCCGACGCUCCUGUCAAUGGCACUAAUGCAGUGGAUGCUUGGAAGUCCAAACUGGAUAUGGAUUCCGUUAUUCGCUCCAUGGCUCUUGAAAUUCUUAAUGCUUACUCUGACGGAUACAUAUAUAAUGCCAAUAACUAUUACAUUUACCAAGAUCCUUCCUCCAAGAAAUACAUCUAUAUUCCAUCAGACCUGGAUUUGACCUUCAACGUAGACUCGUCCGGUGGGAUAUCUCUUAUAUCUGGCAAUUACUCUGCCAUCCCACAUAUUUAUGACCGACCAUUGACAAACAAGAUGUUACAAGUUCCAGAGUUCAAGCAACAGUUUGAAGAUAUGCUGAUUAACGUCACCAAGCAGCUUAUGAACCCCACAGCAACCAAUGAUCAUAUCAAUAGUCUUGCUGAUAUGCUUCAAGAAGAUGUCGCUUGGGAUGCUGUUGUUCCACGUCUGGGAACUGGUUUUACUAAUGGCUUAAAGUUUUUGAAUAUUACAAUUGUCAACGGAAGGGUGCCACAAGACCUUGAUGUAGAGUCUUUGGUGCGUAAAAUGGCGUCCAGUCUGAUGUUUAGUCAGAUUCCUUUAAGCAAUAAUUCUGCUGCUUUAAAAGGUUCAGUUGACUUGAUGACAUACGUUUUGAAAGGACUACCUUUCUCACAAGCAGUCAAUGGUCCCAGUAACAAUAGCGCAUUUAUGGCAAUCAAGGAAUUCAUUUACACCAUGAAUCAAAAUAUCUCCAAAUUGUACAACCUUACAACAAAUUAA